CAUAGCCCAACUUUACAAGCCCAUUUAAUUAAUUAAUCGUUUUACUAAGGGCUAGAGUGAAAUUAUUUGAAAACUUCGGUGCAAAAACUUCAAAAAAAAAAGGGGAAUGGUCUAGAAGUUCCCGCGAAAACUGCUUUCCAUAUCGCUCCAGCAACCAUCCCGAAACCAGAAGAAACUACCAGAACCUCUCCCUCCUCCUCUAUAAACAUUUCUUCUCUCCCUCCGUACAUCCCAUCAGAUUCAAUCGCAUAUCCUCUCGUGCUUGUUCCUUUUGGUGAAAAAGGCUAGUUGAUAUCUAUGGCAGAUAUUCCAAUGGCGGAGACUGAGACUUUCGCAUUCCAAGCGGAGAUCAAUCAGCUGCUCAGCCUCAUCAUUAAUACUUUUUACAGCAACAAGGAGAUCUUUCUUCGCGAACUUAUCAGCAACUCCUCUGAUGCGCUGGAUAAGAUUCGAUUUGAGGGCUUGACAGACAAAAGCAAGCUUGAUGCUCAAUCAGAGCUGUUUAUCAGGAUCGUUCCGGAUAAGGUUAACAAGACUCUUUCCGUCAUAGAUAGUGGUAUUGGCAUGACCAAAACAGAUCUGGUGAACAACUUGGGUACGAUUGCAAGGUCUGGAACCAAGGAGUUUAUGGAGGCUCUACAGGCUGGCGCCGAUGUGAGCAUGAUCGGCCAAUUCGGCGUUGGUUUUUACUCGGCUUACCUGGUGGCAGAGAAGGUUAUUGUGACGACUAAGCACAACGACGAUGAGCAGUACGUCUGGGAGUCUCAGGCUGGCGGGUCCUUCACUGUCUCAAGGGAUGUCAACGGUGAGCCUCUCGGCAGGGGAACCAAGAUCACCCUCUUCCUUAAAGAUGACCAGUUGGAAUACUUGGAGGAUAGGAGGUUGAAGGACCUGGUGAAGAAGCAUUCUGAGUUCAUUAGCUAUCCCAUUUACCUGUUGACAGAGAAGACCACGGAGAAGGAGAUUAGCGAUGAUGAAGAUGAAGAAGCAAAGAAGGAAAAGGAAGGUGAAGUGGAGGAAAUUGAUGAGGACAAAGACAACAAAGGCAAGAAGAAAAAGGUGAAAGAAGUUACCCAUGAGUGGGAACUCGUUAACAAACAGAAACCCAUUUGGCUGAGGAAGCCUGAGGAGAUUUCAAAGGAGGAGUAUGCUUCAUUCUAUAAGAGCCUUACUAACGACUGGGAGGACCACCUUGCGGUGAAGCACUUCUCUGUUGAGGGGCAGCUUGAGUUCCAGGCCAUUCUUUUUGUUCCUAAGAGAGCACCAUUUGAUCUCUUUGAUACAAGGAAGAAAAUGAAUAAUAUCAAACUCUAUGUUAGAAGGGUGUUCAUCAUGGACAACUGUGAAGAGCUUAUCCCAGAAUAUCUCGGAUUCGUGAAGGGUGUUGUGGACUCUGAUGAUCUCCCGCUCAACAUAUCCCGUGAAAUGCUGCAGCAGAACAAGAUCCUGAAAGUGAUCAGGAAAAAUCUAGUGAAGAAAUGUAUUGAGAUGUUCAAUGAGAUCGCUGAGAAUAAGGAGGACUAUGCCAAGUUUUACGAUGCUUUUUCGAAGAAUAUCAAGCUGGGGAUUCACGAAGAUAGCCAGAAUAGGGCUAAGCUUGCGGACCUUCUAAGAUACUACUCAAACAAGAGCGGUGACGAGAUGACGAGCCUGAAGGAUUACGUGACAAGGAUGAAGGAGGGCCAGAAAGAGAUUUAUUAUAUCACAGGGGAGAGCAAAAAAGCUGUUGAGAACUCACCUUUCCUUGAAAGGCUCAAGAAGAAGGGGUACGAGGUCCUGUUCAUGGUGGACGCGAUAGACGAGUAUGCAGUUAAUCAAUUGAAGGAGUACGAUGGGAAGAAACUUGUAUCUGCAACUAAGGAAGGACUAAAACUUGAGGAAGAAUCGGAGGAAGAGAAAAAGAAGAGGGAGGAGAAGAAGAAGUCGUUUGAGAAUCUGUGCAAGACAAUCAAGGAGAUCUUGGGGGACAAAGUGGAGAAAGUAGUGGUGUCAGACAGAAUCGUGGAUUCACCUUGUGUGUUGGUGACAGGUGAGUACGGAUGGACCGCUAACAUGGAAAGAAUCAUGAAAGCCCAGGCUCUUCGAGACAACAGCAUGAGUGCUUAUAUGGCAAGCAAGAAGACAAUGGAAAUCAACCCAGACAAUGGAAUUGUGGAGGAGUUGAGGAAAAGAGCUGAGGUUGACAAAAAUGACAAAUCUGUCAAGGAUUUGGUGCUGCUACUGUACGAGACUGCACUUUUGACGUCUGGUUUCAGUCUUGAGGAUCCUAACACUUUCGCUGCAAGGAUUCAUAGGAUGUUGAAGCUUGGGUUGAGCAUCGAGGAUGAUGAAAAUGCAGAGGAUGAUGCGGAUAUGCCAACAAUUGAGGAAGCAGGAAACGAGGAGAGCAAGAUGGAGGAAGUUGACUAAAAAGGUCUCUAAGACCGUACGUAGUUUAUUUACAUCGGUGUCCAACU